UUUAUCAUCUACUUCAUGGGAGGUAAAUUGGUUGCAUUUCUCUUUGAAGAAGAUUUUGAGCAAAGGCUUUAGGGAACAAUAACAUUUUAAUUUUUUUUUCGAUUUCUGUUAAUGGUUUCUUAAUUGGCAAUACCAUUUUUACAACAUUGUGGUCUCUACCAAUGGGAAGUUAUCCUUGGAGGUUGACCGGCCUUGGCUGAGGGUCCAGCUUUCCCACCAGGCCAUGCUGGAGUGCUGCUACCGGGCUGACUCUGCCUCCCUUCGAACUACAUGGCUAAAACAUGGCCAGCCCGACAAUGGCACUGCCGUUCCCAUUCUGGUCCCUGUGUCUGACCGGGUGAGCGUGGGCGAGAGGAUGCACGCAGGGGUCACUUGUGGGACCCUGACCUUUAGUGAGGUGCAGUUGGCCGACUCGGGCCUGUACCAAUGCUGGUUCAACAACACUGAGGUCUUCACACCUGGUACCUAUCUGCAGGUCUACAAGCCGCUGGAGAAGACAAUAAACCUAAGCGAAAAGACAAAAGAUGGCAUCCUGGUGGCUGAAGGAAUCUUACUCUUUCUGUGUGUGCUGGUGCCUUCGGCCAUGCUCCUCUGCAAGUCAAAGAAACUCCAUGCACUGCAGCAGAACAAGGCAAAGAGGGAAGAGGAGAACAUCUAUCAGGGCCUCGAUCUGGACGACUGUGACAAGGCAGCUAGCCUCUACCAUGAUUUGGUUGCCAAUAUACAAGAGGAAAUCCAGCUGGAGAACCCAUAAAUUGAACGGAAGAGAUGGAAUGGUGGGUGGAGAUGGGGAGGGUUUCAAGAACAGCCUUUGUCAAAGUGUAUAUGAUAUCUGCAUAUUUGUUUCAACAUGCAUAGCUUUUUAUCCAGCAACAUUGUGUUGAUUCUGCUUCUCUAGAUUCUGGUUUUAGAUUGACAUUUUUUCCAAUCUUGAGAACAUAACCAUAUUUCAAAAUGCUUAUUAUUAAAAGUGAAAAGGAUUUUUAAACUGUCAAAAAUUUAUUUACGAGAAAAUAUGAUCUGAGGAUUGAGCAAAUUGUUAUAAUUUGACAAUCAUGGUUUUGUGACUCAUAAAAGCGCCUGAAUCUUUUUGCUUUUAGAAUUUCACGGCAGGUGUUUAAUGGCUGCAUGAGGUGUACAUUGCUUGUUUUAGAGCAUCCU